AUGCAUCCUACCGAAUUCCACGGCGGCCCUAGUCCAACUGUUGCCGAAGAAUCGAUCAAAUCCCUCGAGGUUAUUUUCGAGUACAUGGUGAUGAACGACAGCGACCGAAUCCACUGUGCACUAUUCUUGUUGAAAAACGAAGCCCGAAAUUGGUGGGAAGGCGCAAAAAGUGGAAUCGAUCUAGCAAAUACCACUUGGGAAGCUUUCAAAGUUCUUUUCUUCGAAAAGUACUUUUCCAAGAAUGUUCGAGCACAAAAGCUUAAGGAGUUUCUCGAACUCAAACAAGGAAACCUAACCGUUGCCGAAUUCACACGCCGUUUCGAGCAAGGAAGCCUCUACGCACCUUUCAUAUCCAAAGACGACACCGAAAAGAUGAAUCACUACGUAAGAGGCCUCAACCCGAUAAUCAAGCGCGACGUUCGACGAACCUCUGCCUCAACUUUCCGCGGAGUAGUGGACAAAGCCUUAGAAGCCGAACAAGACGAGAUGGAAAUCCGACAAUGGAGACCUCCUCACGAUGCCUCUUCUCGACCAUGGAAGAAACCGAACCUCAACAACUCCAAGGGAAAGCAACCGAUCAACCGAGCAACCGUGACCCCGAGCAACAAGCCCUUUUGCCCUAAAUGCAAGCGAAAACAUUCUGGCGAUUGUGUUGCCGGAACCGACCACUGUUUUCGAUGCAAGAAGCCUGGACACAUGGUCCGAGACUGCCCUAUCGUCCCGAGACAAGUGCCGGGACGAGUAUUCGCCAUGACUAGAGACCAAGCCGAAGCUGACCCGUCAAUGAUCGCAGGUACCGUUAAUGUGUAUAAUAAUUCCGUGUAUGCCCUCAUCGACUCCGGAUCAACUCACUCAUUCAUCUCAAGUACCCUCGUUGCCGAACUCCGCCUAGCCCGUAGUCAAGCCAAUACCUUGUUUAGCAUACUUAUUCCUUUCGGUGAUGAACUUAAAUCCAAUUUCAUCAUCAAAGAUUGCCCUAUUCAGAUUCAUAACCAAACCUUAGCCUCCGAUCUGAUCAUCCUACCCAUUAAACAUUUCGAAAUAAUCCUCCGAAUGGAUUGGUUAUCAAAGUUCGAUGCCCAAAUCAAUUGCGCUCACAAAACCGUUCGUUUCUCCCUACCGAAUGGAAGUUUUCUCGAAUUCCGAAGCUCGUACAACCCGUCGAUUCCUAUCAUUUCCGCCAUCAAAGCGAGCAAACUUAUUCAAAAAGGGCAUCUAUGUCAUUUGGUCGACAUAGUGGAAGCUCUCAACGAAGAUAAAGCCGACAUUUCCGAAAUGCCAAUCGUUUGCGAUUUUCCCGAUGUCUUUCCCGAAGAUCUCCCCGGUCUUCCGCCCGAUCGUGAAAUCGAAUUUGAAAUUAAUUUGAUCCCCGGUUCCGCCCCUAUCUCGAAGGCACCUUACUGCAUGGCGCCGUUAGAGCUAAAGGAACUCAAGGACCAAAUUCAAGAUCUCAUCGACAAGAAGUUCAUCCGCCCUAGUUUUUCCCCAUGGGGUGCUCCGGUACUCUUCGUGAAAAAGAAUGAUGGAAUCCUCCGGAUGUGUAUCGAUUACCGAGAACUCAACAAGGUCACCGUAAAAAACAAGUAUCCAUUGCCAAGGAUUGACGACCUUUUCGAUCAACUUCAAGGCUCCACGGUCUAUUCCAAAAUCGACCUCCGUUCCGGAUAUCAUCAAUUGAAGAUCAAGAAGGAAGAUAUUCCGAAAACCGCGUUUCGGACUUGUUACGGCCAUUACGAAUUUGUAGUGAUGUCGUUUGGUCUAACCAACGCCCCAGCCGCUUUCAUGGAUCUCAUAAUUCGAAUCUUCCGCAAAUACCUCGAUCAAUUUGUGAUCGUAUUCAUCGACGAUAUCUUAGUGUACUCAAGAAAUGAUGAAGAACAUCGGAAUCAUUUGGAAAUGGUGCUCCAAACUCUCCGAGAGAACCAACUCUAUGCGAAGUUUUCCAAAUGUGAGUUUUGGUUAAGACAAUUCCACUUUCUUGGUCACGUAAUUUCCAAGGAAGGCAUAGCCGUUGAUCCAAGCAAAAUUGAAGCCGUUUGUAAUUGGUCAAUCCCUCGUAAUGUCGGAGAAAUCCGAAGUUUCCUCGGUCUCGCAGGCUACUACCGACGGAUUGUUCCGAACUUUUCCAAGAUAGCCACUCCACUCUCUCGUUUGACCCGAAAGGAAGUCAAGUAUCAAUGGACUCUCGAAUGCGAGUCUAGUUUCCAAGAACUCAAGAAGCGAUUAAACUCGGCACCAAUCCUCGCUCUACCCGAUAAAACCGGAAACUAUGUGGUUUAUAGUGACGCCUCCAAGCACGGGCUCGGAGCCGUCCUAAUGCAAAACAGGAAUGUAAUUGCCUAUGCCUCUAGACAAUUAAAAGACUACGAGAAGAAUUACCCGACGCACGACUUGGAACUCGCGGCAGUCGUGUUCGCCCUCAAAAUUUGGAGACAUUACCUUUAUGGCGAAAAAUGUUCGAUCUUCACCGACCACAAAAGUCUCAAGUACUUCUUUACUCAAAAAGAGCUCAACAUGAGGCAAAGAAGAUGGCUUGAAUUAGUCAAGGAUUAUGAUUGCGAAAUCCUUUACCAUCCCGGUAAACCCAACGUUGUCGCCGACGCCCUUAGCCGAAAAUCCAUGUCCGCCUUGAUCAUUAAACCGCCGCUCGAAUCAACUAUCAAGUCCGCUCAAGACCAUGAUGAUCAUCUUGUCAAAAUCCGAAAAGGCUUAGCAAACGGUCAAAAUCCAAACUUCUCAAUGACCGACGACAAAAUCUUGAAAUUUCAAGGGAGAAUUUGCAUUCCGGCAAACAAGGAGAUAAAAGGAUUAAUUCUCGACCGAAUUGGUGGCCAAGCCUAUCGCCUCGCCCUACCGCCUCAACUAUCCAAGAUCCACAAUGUCUUUCACGUCUCCAUGCUCCGAAAACAUAUUCCCAACCCUAACCACGUCCUUGAAACCGAACCCCUCGAUUUAUCCCCGAACCUAUCCUUUACCGAAGAACCCUCCCAAAUAUUAGACCGAAAAGUUAGGAAACUCCGAAACAAAGGAAUUCGCCUAGCCAAAAUCCUUUGGAAAAACCAUUCUCCGGAUGAGUCAACGUGGGAAAUUGAGGAUGAGAUUGUGAGUCGUUAUCAGGAACUAACUGAAAAAGGUACAAAUUUUGGGGACAAAAUUUUUUUUAAGGGGGGUAGACUGUAA